CCAAAGGCUGCUAGCUCACAUCUGGAAGCUCUCUUUUUUCCACUCACCGACAUAGCUGGAGCUCGGAAAGUAACUUCUGAAGACCAAAGAUGUCUUUCCUAAACGUAGAUGCAACGUGUGAUUUCUCCAUCCACAACCUUCCCUAUGGCGUGUUCUCAACACCCGACCAGGCCAAGCGUCGCAUUGGAGUUGCUAUUGGAGACCAGAUACUGGACCUGAGUGUCAUACUCUCACUUUUUCGAGGACCGGUGAUGUCCAAACACCAGCAUGUUUUUCAACAGCCGACACUUAAUGCUUUCAUGGCACUGGGAUACGAAGCGUGGAAAGAGACCAGGAGUACCUUGCAGGUGUUGCUGUCAGCCAAUGAGAGCACUCUAAGAGAUGACUGUGAUCUACGCAGCAGAGCUUUCGUCCCUCAAAGUGCAGCCACGAUGUAUCUUCCAGCUGAUAUUGGUGAUUACACUGACUUCUACUCCUCCAGGGAUCAUGCAACUAAUGUUGGGAUCAUGUUCCGGGGAAAGGAAAAUGCCCUGAUGCCAAACUGGUUGAGGCUUCCUGUGGGGUAUCAUGGCAGAGCAUCAUCAGUGGUUGUGUCGGGCACCCCCAUCCGUCGCCCGUCAGGGCAGAUGAGGCCUGAUCCGACAAAGCCUCCUGUGUUCGGCCCAUCAAAGCAGUUGGACAUUGAAUUGGAGAUGGCUUUCUUUGUUGGAAAGGGGAAUUUGCCUGGGGAGCCAAUCCCCAUUGAGAAAGCCCAUGAACACAUCUUUGGCAUGGUACUCAUGAAUGACUGGAGUGCUCGGGACAUCCAAGCCUGGGAAUACGUCCCUCUUGGUCCAUUCUUGGGAAAGAACUUCGGUACAACGAUCUCACCUUGGGUGGUCCCCAUGGAGGCCUUGUUGCCUUUUGUGGAGCCCAAUCCCAUUCAGGAUCCAGAGCCCCUCCCCUACCUUCAACAUCAGGAUCCGUUCACGUUCAACAUCAAUCUUUUUGUAUCUCUAAAAGGAAAGCAGAUGAAAGAAUCUUCAACCAUCUGCAAGUCAAACUUCAAGUACAUGUAUUGGACCAUGAAGCAGCAGCUCGCCCAUCACACGGUCAACGGCUGUAACGUCAGACCUGGCGACCUUCUGGCUUCUGGAACCAUCAGUGGACCUGAUGCAGACAGUUUUGGCUCCAUGCUAGAACUGUCAUGGAGGGGAUCCAAGAGUAUUGAUCUUGGCGGCGGAGAAACCAGAACCUUCCUCCAGGAUGGAGAUGAAGUUACCAUUACAGGUCAUGGUGAAAGAGAUGGACACAGGGUGGGCUUUGGUUCCUGCACUGGAACCAUCCUCCCUGCCUUGCAACAAUGAAAGCCACUCAAUGGGAAGGUUGCAUUCAUUAGUGCAAAAUACAUAUUCAGCACACAUACACACAAUACUGUAUUUCUCCCAUGAUAUGAACCUGGCUUAAUUAUUCAUGCACAUUUCUUUCUCGCUCUGUAGGGCAGGAGUGACCUUGUUACUGGGAUGUCUCAUAGCGUUACUGUGCUACUAUAAUCAGUAUUAUUGAUGGGUUGUGUUUCCUGUUUUCAUGAUAAGAAAGCUUUCAACAUG